AUGGACUCGCCGUCCUUCUCGCAUUCUAUGAAUGGCGCACGCGUGCUGACGACACCUUAUCUCAAACCCACCACAGCGGGACCGCCGUCGGCGUCGGACGUCGCGACCGCACCCGCCGUCCUGACCGACCUGGAGGCGUUUGACAUGAUGGCCGACGUGCUCGCGCAGGGUGCCCAGGCGGUACCUAUAGAACUCCUGCUCAAGACCACCCUUCGUGCGCUGGGUGCGCUGGGAACGUUGCUGGACGGUUGCGUCGCUGCUUGCUCUACGGAUGUGUCUCGUUCACGUCUGGGUUCUAGUGCUGGUGCUAGCUCUGGCGCAGGCUCUAGGUUUCGGCAUGAAUCUGGGUUUGCGUCUGUGUCUACGGGCAGUAGUGCUGCAGCUUCUGGUGUCCGGCAUCCGUUGGCGGCGCUCAGCCUAGUCGACUCGACUCUGCACCGGCUCAUACCCGCCGUCUUCUCGUCCCUCUCGGCACACGCGAAGAAAGGCAAAGCUGCAGCCAAGACCGCCAGCGCUGUGGACGAGGUGCUAGGCUGGGUAUAUGCGCUCGUCCUGAACCCUCUCGUCCUGGCGUUCGCGCCGGUCUCGGGGAGCUUCCUUUCUGCUUGUCUACGGCCUCAGUCCAAGUCGAACUCUAGCUCUCGAGUAAGCUAUGGCGGAAACUCUCCGCUCUCUCGGCUCCCUGCUGCGAUAGCGCGCGGGGGGACGGACCUCCGCCCGACGAUCCUCGACCUCCUCGACAAGACUCUCUCCGCGCUCGAAGCUCAGAGCGUCGCUAUCGCACGCGGUUCUUCGGCUGCGGCUGCCGGUGCGGGUACGAAUCUCGCGCAUGGAAGGAGGGGCGGGAAUGGAACCUCCAACCCAAACCCAAACCGGGAGUCGGCCACGGACCUGGGGGCGCACGCUAUUUCGGGCGUGUGCGCGGUCAAAAGGCUCCUUGCGCUCGUGUGUGUGCGCGAGCUGGAGAGGAUGUACGCCCCUCUUUCAUGCGCGUAUUCACAUGGACGCGAUGCGGAGCUGGCAACGACCCCGGACGCGCGCAGCAGCAGCAGCAGCGACGCCGCCCUGGGAAACACCUGUAAUACUAUCGGAAACACACGCCCGAGCAGCGGGAGGGAAGCACGCCAUUCGCUUCCGCGCGACCUCCUUCUCGCCCUCCUGCCCGGCUCUGCGUAUGCGUAUGCACAUGGGCUCGGGGGCGGCAGCGGUACGAGCGAGGAUCCUACGCGACCAGGCACGGCCGCGGUUGGCCCCUCCUCCCCCGAUCAGCUGCCUCUCCCGCAAUCGCAAUCACGGGCGAGCGCGACAGGAUGGGCGUACGGGACACCACGCUCGCUGGGCGCCCUGGCGCGCGCGGCGGGAAACCUCGGCGAAACUCGCGUGGGGGGAAGCUCGGGCGGCGGACGCGGUCCCGUGUGCGAGGAGGCUGUCCGACGUGCGUCCGGUGCGUCGUCUGGGUUUGGGUUGGAGUUCACGAGCACGCCGCGCGCUGGCUUCUGGAAUCAGGAUCGAUUGGCGCGGGUUGCUGCUGCUGCCGCUGGUGCUACUGCUGGGGCUGCUGCUGCUACGGGAGACGACGAUCUGCGCGCGGACGCACUUGACGACAAGACGCGGGAGCGCAUGACGUGGCUGGCGAGGAAGGACGCGGCGUGGUACCUCUGUGCUGCUCUCAAUCGGCUCUUGCCUUGUUCAGCGGCGGCUCUGUCUCCGGCUCAGACGGCGGCGGCCUCAUACUCGAGCUCGACUCCGCGGCCUGAGCCGACGGACACGGUGGCCGAGCAAGCGGUAUACGCCGCGCUGGCAGACCUCCUCCGGCGCACACGGCCUUCUACCGUUGCUGCCUUUCCGGACUUGGCCUCUGGACCGAGCGCCGACGGGAAGGAAACUCUGGACACUCCAUUUCACGAGGAUCCGGCUGCAGACCGGGACGUCACUCAGGACGCGGAAACCCACGGCCACGGUAACGGUAGUGAACGCACAGAGGAUGAUCGGCACGAGCGCAUGCAGACGCAGACAGCUGGCACGAUGGUAAUGGGGGAAGUCGAGCGGACCAUGCUGCUCGCCGUGCUCGAGCGCGCCUGGCUGGGAGUGUGA